UAUUUCAUUUUGAUCAAUUGUGACAGCACAUUAAAUUUCUGUUUUUUGAAUUAGAUUCCUUUUAAGGUUUAACUGGUUGAGUGAUAUUGAAUUGGCAUCUAAGCGAAAUGGUGUUAACGGAUGAUCCGCAAACCAUGCAGCAAGUGCUGCACAUCCAUCGACUUAUUCGUGAUCGCAUCGGACAGAACGCUAUGAAGAAAAGCCUGCAGCCGUUGUGGUAUCGUGGACUCUCCGAUAACCAGUUGGCUGCUGCGCAUGGGUUGAAGCGCGCCUUGGCCGACGAUAUUUUGCAGGGUAGCGCCCAUCGGGCACAUCAUCAGCUGUGUCACUUGGGCGUGCGUCCGCGGCCGGCUAGGAGCGGCCUGCGUCUACUCUUGAAGAUGAGCCGGGGCAACGAUGUGGCUUUUCUGUGGUUCCUCAUGGAAAUGUUCUACAAGUCGAAGAAUCAAGAAGUCAUAUAUGAGUUCAACGAGCAAAUCAUAAUGUCCGCCAUAUUUUGGCUAGAUCUAUUUCCGACGCUGCACGAGCUGGACCGUGUGCUGCCGCUGCCGCAUGACUCGCCUGCAGUGCGACAGAAACGUGCCCAGGCCGUCGACCGUCGUUACAGGCUUAAACCCAGUCUGAGGAUUAAGCCCAUGAAGGAACAGGCCAAGGAGCUGUUGCAGCAGCAUCCUAAAUCAGUCUACAAGUUACCCUAUUUUCAGCAGCCAGUGCUGCCUAAUCCCCGCCAGCAGCGCUUAAUAACCCAGGUAUCGAAACGACCGGCUCGUUUUCCCACUGUGAUCCCUAAUUUGGUUCAUUACACCAUCUUGUCACGUUGGUUUGGUGACUUGAACUUCAGCGAUGAAGAACGCGUCGCCAGAUCUGUGCUUAAUAACGAGAUGGACCAGAUUUUGUCCAACCUGCCCUCGUCCCAGCUGGAUGCAAGCCAGUUGAAGCCCAUUUACCCGCACCAAAAGCUGAUCAGCGAAAUGGAGCAGUCGCUGCACUUGAAUCUGUUGAGGAUUAAAAAGGAGCGUUACGAACAAUUCCUAAAUGUUGGCCACCGGCAGCGAGAGCUCAAUCGCCAGCGCACACUGGACGACCUGGAUCGCAUGACGGAACGGUAUCGGGCGCAGUUCCAUGAAAUGGCCAUUAGAGCGGGCCUUGGUUCGAAUAGAAAGAAGCUAAUUGAAGAUCCGAAUGAUCCAGGCUUUAUAUACCUUGGCAAAAACGAAGCCGAUUGGGUGGAUAAGGACGACAGCUGUAGAUGUGAUUCCGAUGUGGGUUUCAAUAUGUCCGACACCAGUGUAAUCUUGCCGCCCACCUGCCGGGACAACAGCCCGAAGGUAGUUGAAUUAAAGAAGCAUCAGCAUGAGCCUAGCUUUCGAGUUUACGAUGGGGAUGCAAGAUUGCCGGAUAAGCAAGAUCUCAGCCAGAGCGAACGAUCCAGCCUGCAACUGAGGGACACUAACAUGGAGGAGGACAAGGCUCAGGAGCCUUCUCCAUGUCAGUGUACCACUCAGAGCAAUUACUUUGAGCUGGGCCUGGAUGCUCAGCUCUACAGGUUCGACUAUCAGAAGCUUUUUGCACCCUACCAGGACCGACUGCUGGACGACCAGGAGUUGCGACUGAAGGUAGAGUUUAUUAAAGCUCUGGGCAAUGAUGUGAACUACCUAAAUGCGGUGUUGAAUGGUCGUGAGUGUGGCUCAAUAGAUGCGCUUGUGAAUCGCACAGUCAAGCGCAUCUUCAAGGAGGGCACCGACCUAUUUCAGGACGUAUACGCGAAGUCGCAGGCAGAAGCAGAAGUCAGUGAGCCGGGAAAGCGCCUUAACUUUGGUCAAGAGUUCUACGAUGCGGAUGAUCUGGUGCUCAUGAAGGAUAUGCUCCGCAUAGGGCUGCAGCGUGUGGCCGCGGAUCGACGCUUCGUACUGCCUACCCUGCCAGAUGUGCAUUGCGUGCCAAUGCUUCUCGAAUGGAUCCGAUCACGCUAUGGUAAACGCUAUAGCCAAGCGGAUCGCAGGCGCAGCUUCAGUGAGGCCCAACUCCUCAUGGAUAAUCUGGCAACUAUCUUGACCCAUGACAUUGUGCGGAUUCCAAGCCGAGAGCCAUUGAAAUCCAAGGUUACAGCCGGGGGCUUUGUGCCCCACAAUGAGAAUCGUCCCAAUUUAAAGAAAUUUUGGGACCAAUAUACAAAACACUUUGUGGUAUCCUUCUUGGAGAUGGGUCGAGUAUUUCAUGCGGCCAUGGAGGCCCACCAAAGUACACAAACCAGUGCCACAUUUUACGCCUACAUGCCCGCCCACUUUAACGAUGUGCAGUUCUAUAAUACCACGCCUAUUAUUAAACGGAGCAGGAGUUAAAUGCGAAGGGGCCAAGAUAAACAAAAAUCCAAAUUAAUUUAAUAUGUUAUUGUAUUUAAUAAACCCAAAUAAAACUCCAAAUUAACUGAAGAAAUAUGAAUAUAAA